AUGACUACAUUUUCAACUAAAUUCUUGUCACACACUCUCAAUUUCAGAAUCCACCCAAACCGCAUUUCUUGCCAUUCAAAUCCCAACACUAUCGUCACUUGCUCAACCCCACUUCUAAACGAAGGUAACACUAACAAGCGAAGAACAAGAAUCAACCAACAACAAAUCAGGGUCAAUGAAACAAGGCCAGAACUUGAUCAAAAUUACGACUUUCGAGACACCGAUUCCUUGAAAACUCUCAAUAGGUUAUGCAAAUCAGCCAUGUACGAUGAAGCUCUCUACUCUCUUCAGCACACGGUUAAUAGGGGUUAUAAACCUGAUGCUGUUCUUUGCACAAAAUUGAUUAAGGGUUUUUUCCACUCUAAGAAAAUUGAGAGAGCUAUUCAGGUUAUGGAGAUUCUGGAAAAGCACGGUGAGCCUGAUGUUUUCGCUUAUAAUACAGUUAUGAAUUUGCUUUGUAAAGCUGACAGAGUUGAUGCUGCCAAUAAGGUGUUUGAUAGAAUGAAAAAGAGAGGCUUUUUACCUGAUGAUGCUACUUAUAAUAUUCUCCUUAAGAAUCUUUGUGGGAAGGGUAAACUUGAUUUGGCUUUAAAGGUUAUGGACCAGUUGUUGAAAGAUAAUUGUAGGCCAGAUGUUAAAACUUAUACUAUUUUGAUUAAAAAACUUAUUAUUGAGGGUGGUAUUGACCAAGCUAUGAAGCUUUUGGAUGAGAUCUUGUCCAGAGGAUUUCAACCUAAUGCCUAUGCUUACAAUGUUGUUGUUACCCAUAUGUGUAGACAAGGUUUGUCGGAUAGAGCUUUUGAGUUUCUUAGUAGUUGUAGUAGUAAGGGAUAUGUUGCACGUGCGAGUACUUAUAAUAUUCUGUUGAAGAGCCUUUUGAGUCAAGGGAAAUGGGAAGCUGGGGAGAGUUUGAUAUCUGAUAUGUUGGAUAAAGGUUGUGAGCCGAGUUCUAUAUUAUACUGCACGUUGAUUAGUUCGCUUUGUCGUGAUGGUAAAAUUGACAAGGCUCAGAAUGUGUUGAAGGGUAUGAAGGAGAGAGGUUUCGCUCCUGAUGUUUAUAGUUAUGAGCCAUUGAUUUCCGCUUUGUGCAAACAAGGAAAAGUAAAUUUGGCUAUAGAGGUUUUGGAUAACAUGAUAUCAGAUGGUUGUUUGCCUGAUAUUGUUUGCUAUCACUCGAUCUUGGCUUCUCUGUGUAAGAAUGGACAUGCUGACGAGGCAUUGAACAUCUUGGAGAAGCUUGAUGAAGUGGGUUGUUCUCCAAAUGCAAAUUCUUAUAAUACAUUGUUUUGUGCAUUGUGGAGUAUCGGCGAUAAAAUUAGAGCGUUAGAGAUGAUUCUGGAGAUGUUGAGCAAAGGCAUUGAUCCUAACAUGAUCACAUAUAAUUCACUUAUUUCUUACUUGUGCAGAGAUGGAUUGGUGGAUCAGGCAAUUGAGUUGUUGGUUGACAUGAUGGAGAGUCGCAAGUUUCAGCCUAUUGUUAUUAGUUACAAUACUGUUAUUCUUGGAUUGUCCAAGGUAGGAAGAAUCAUAGAUGCUAUUGAGGUGCUUGCUGCUAUGAAUCAGAGAGGAUGCUUGCCAAAUGAAACUACAUACUUAUUGUUGGUUAAAGGGAUUGGUUUUGGUGGCUGGCAAAAGGACGCAAUGGAGUUGGCUAACUCACUUGUUAAUAUGGAUGCUAUUUCGGAAAAUUCAUUCAAACAUUUGAACAAAGCGUUUCCUGUGUUUGAUGCGCACAAAGCUUGCAAUAUCAGAAUGAACUAA